UGUUUCUUUUGUGUGUGAUGCAAACAUAAAGGUAUAUACUUGUUGAGUUUUACAUUCUGUUAAGAAAUUUUGUGGAUAUUGCAUAGUUUGGUUGGUAUUUUGCAUGUUCUGAGAUUGCAAUGAACUUGUUCACAUUCUUCUGAGCUUGUGUUUAAUGAUUAUGUUAUAUGGUACUGGCAGAUAUUUUCACAAUAUUCUUUCUUUCAUUGUUUCAUGACUUGUGUUGUUCUUGUCCUGCUAUGUUCUUAUUCCUUCUAUUAAUGUCAUUAAUCCCAAAAGCAACCAUUUGGUUUGAAUUUCAACCUUCUGAUUAUGUGUUUCAAUUGCCAAAGUUUUAUAAUUCUGUUUUUAUUUUUUGGACAAAAUCAGAAAUUAUCUUAAAUUUUGUCUCUACUAAACAGGAAAAUUUUGAAGUUAUUGGCUCUGUGUCUUUCUCCAAAGUCCAAUUUUUAUUUAUUUAUUUAUUGUUAUUAUUAUUUUUUCUGUUUUUUGUCCUCAAAUGUCUCUGCCUUCUGUAUCUCAUGAUGGGAACCAAAUAUUACCUUAGUGAUUUCAAUUUGAUUAAGUUUAUUCUAGAUUAGAACUAUCCUGUGAAUUGGGGUCUCUAUAGGUUGAGCUUCGAAAUUGUUCAGGAAUUUUUUUCCAUGGGCUUUGCAUGCAGUGAACUUGCUUUGGAAGAGUGUUAUAACAUCUUGUUCUUAUGAGUUAGAGUGUUAUCGCCAUGUCAGUUGCACCGGUUGAGAGCAUCCCCUCUUUAAGUAGUGACCUCUUCUAUGACAUACUGCGAAGGCUUGAUGGCGCGACAUUGGCAAGCGCGGCGUGCACCUGUGCUGCACUUUGCUCCAUCUCAAAAGAAGAGAGUUUAUGGGAAAAUGUAUGUUCAUCUAUGUGGCCUUCAACCAAUAGGGAAGAUGUCAAAAGUUUAAUCUCUUCUGUUGGUGGAUUCAGAAAAUUCUAUGCAGACAGUUUUCCACUUAUUGUGAACAAGGAUGUUAUGGAGUUUCAUCACAACAACUACUUUGAGUACCCUGAUGAUUGGACCGAAGCCGAAUAUUAUGGUGAUGUGAUUGAAUCAGAGAGCAUCUCUCCAUCUAACUUUGUUUCUAUUGUAGAUAUUAGGUUCAAGGAGAAACCAAUCUGUUCCAAAGUUCUGUUGGGUAUUCCAAAUGCAAAUGGCUAUGAUGAUUGGUUCUAUAACUGCCCUUUUCAGAUUGAUAUUCUUACUUAUGCAGAUAGCGAAGGCAACAACGAUGGCGCCGUGAAUCUUUCCAUUUCUGAUGGUCUGCCAGCAAUUACAUCCAUGGAAAGGGAAAAGAAAGAUGGGAAGCUUUGGAAGGAGCUUAGCAAUGGACUCAGGCUUAGUUGGAUUGUAGUAAACAGAAAAAUCAAGCAAGCUGCAAAUCUUUCUAGUUGGUUUCCUCUUGGUGGCCAAAGGCAUUGGCCAACAGAUAAUGAUUUUGUAGUCCGGUUCGGAUCGAUUCUCCCGGCCGAGGAAAUUCUUCCUUGCCAAGUAGUGGAGUGCAUCCUUAUCAUGAAGUUUAGAGUUGUCCACACAGAAUCAGAGGGGAUUCAAACUAGUCUUAAGUUAACUGAAUUGAGCAUGCAAUUGGAAGACAUGGAAGGUGCUCAUGUUAAUGGAAGAAACAGUUUGCAUAUUCUUAAGAAAGCACUUAGUUGCCAAAGGAGCAAAAACUAUGGUGAUGCACUUGAGUCUUGUCACAUGUAUUCAAAGGUGCAGAAUGAGUUGAAGAAGGAAAAGAUGAGAAAUGAAAAUAGGUUGGAUAGGCUUUGUAUUCUGAGUGGCAUUGCUGCUUUUAUGACAUUCUGGUACUGUGUCCUGUGAAAAUGGUGCUUCACUUCAUAGUUUAACAUAACAUCUGCUAAUUAUGCUUCCUCUAACAAAAUUUGUUAUCAUAUUGCCAACUUCCA